GAAGCUUUGAGCACAUUCGUUGAAGGGUUUUUAAAAGCAGCGCAUAAGAAAAGCUUGGCUCGCAGUGAAGAUUUUCCUCAAAAUAAAGUGACAAAAACCCAUUUUCCACGAUGCAGGCACACAGCAAGAAACGCGUUUGCUACUACUACGAUAGUGAUAUUGGAAACUACUACUAUGGCCAGGGGCAUCCGAUGAAGCCACAUCGUAUAAGGAUGACGCACAACCUCCUCCUGAAUUAUGGAUUGUACAGGAAAAUGGAGAUUUAUAGACCACAUAAAGCCACAGCUGAUGAAAUGACAAAAUUCCACUCAGAUGACUACAUUCGCUUCCUCCGUUCCAUACGCCCGGAUAACAUGUCUGAGUACAAUAAGCAAAUGCAGCGCUUCAACGUUGGUGAGGAUUGUCCCGUCUUCGAUGGUCUCUAUGAGUUUUGUCAACUCUCAGCAGGUGGUUCCGUCGCAGCGGCUGUGAAGCUGAAUAAGCAGGCGUCGGAGAUUUGUAUCAAUUGGGGCGGUGGUUUGCAUCAUGCCAAGAAAUCCGAAGCAUCGGGCUUUUGCUACGUCAACGACAUUGUCCUGGGGAUCUUGGAGUUGCUCAAAUAUCACCAACGAGUGCUCUACAUUGACAUCGAUGUGCACCAUGGGGACGGCGUGGAGGAGGCUUUCUACACAACAGAUCGCGUCAUGACGGUGAGCUUCCACAAGUACGGCGAAUACUUCCCCGGAACAGGUGAUCUCCGUGAUAUUGGGGCAGGAAAGGGCAAAUACUACGCCGUGAAUAUCCCACUGCGUGAUGGGAUGGACGAUGAGUCGUAUGAUUCGAUCUUUGUGCCCAUAAUAUCCAAAGUCAUGGAAACCUUCCAACCGUCUGCUGUUGUACUCCAAUGUGGAGCUGAUUCACUCACGGGUGAUCGUCUGGGGUGCUUCAAUUUAACCGUCAAAGGGCACGGGAAGUGCGUGGAGUUCGUCAAGAACUACAAUCUACCCUUCCUGAUGGUCGGCGGUGGGGGCUACACCAUUCGCAAUGUCUCCCGAUGCUGGACGUAUGAGACUUCCGUGGCGCUGGGCAUUGAGAUUGCCAAUGAGUUGCCCUACAAUGACUACUUUGAGUAUUUCGGUCCGGACUUUAAGCUUCACAUUAGUCCGAGUAAUAUGACAAAUCAAAAUACGAGUGAAUACCUCGAGAAGAUAAAGAAUCGUCUCUUUGAGAACCUCCGGAUGUUGCCACAUUCCCCAGGGGUUCAGGUACAAGCAAUCCCCGAGGAUAGUGUGAAAGAUGAGUCAGAUGAUGAAGAUAAAGUGGACAAGGAUGUGCGUGUGACGCAGAGCGAUAAAGAUAAGAAAAUCAAUCCGGACAAUGAAUUUUCCGACUCAGACACCGAAGGACCAGCUGGGGAUGGUGGUCGUCGUGACAAUAGAUCCUACAAGGGGAAUCCACGAAAGAAACAACGAACAGAAAAGUCUCAGGAUGGCCCAAAAACGGCCGAAACUGUGGAAGUGAAGGAUGAGAAGAAGCCUGCUGAAACACCUGCUGCAGCAGAACCAAAUCCACCUGCUGAAGUUAAGGCUGAUGCCAUUUAAGCAUCCUCUCUUUCUCUCUCUCGAUCUUUGCGAUCUCUUCACAUCUCCCGCGCAAGCAUAGAAAUUUUACAAAGCAUAAGGUAAGAUCCAAUUUUAAGCCCAACUCAUGGAUAUGCAUCUCAUAACUUUCAACAUAAAUUCUUCCCUUCUAUGGCUUUAAAUGUCAUUGUUUUUAUUUUAUUUUAUUUUUUUUAAUAAUAAACUGCAUUUUUAUUUAAAUUCCUUUCAAUAAAAGCAAUAGAGAUGUUCAAAAAUUUAUACAGAAGAUAAAAGAAAAAAAAGGUUUAAUUAAAGGCUAAUUUUAAGUUAAAGAAAAAAAAGUAAUCUGAUUCUCAUUAAGAAUUAGGUGAAGUAAAUAAUAUUUAAAUUAAAGAAAAAAAUAGAGAAUAUAUUUUUACCAAUGAUUCUAUUGUGAAUUAUAAACUGAAAAUAAUAAAAUUUCAAUUUUGUCUUGAA